GUCGGGGCCCGUGGCGCGCGCGCGGCCGCCCCUCGGCCCGGAGCCCUCGGCGGCGCCACCAUGUACUCGGGAGCCGGCCCCGUGCUUGCGCCUCCUGCGCCGCCGCCCAUCCAGGGCUAUGCCUUCAAGCCUCCCCCGAGGCCCGACUUCGGGACCUCUGGCAGAACCAUCAAGCUGCAGGCCAACUUCUUUGAGAUGGACAUCCCCAAGAUUGACAUCUAUCAUUAUGAGUUGGACAUCAAGCCUGAGAAAUGCCCCAGGAGAGUGAACAGGGAGAUAGUGGAGCAUAUGGUGCAGCACUUUAAAACGCAGAUCUUCGGGGACCGGAAGCCAGUGUUCGACGGAAGGAAGAAUCUCUACACGGCAAUGCCGCUCCCCAUUGGGAGGGACAAGCAGGUGGAGCUGGAGGUCACACUGCCGGGCGAGGGCAAGGACCGCAUCUUCAAGGUGUCCAUCAAGUGGGUGUCGUGCGUGAGCCUGCAGGCAUUGCACGAUGCACUUUCGGGGCGGCUCCCCAGCGUCCCCUUCGAGACGAUCCAGGCCCUGGAUGUGGUCAUGAGGCACUUGCCGUCCAUGAGGUACACCCCCGUGGGCCGCUCCUUCUUCACCGCGUCCGAGGGCUGCUCCAACCCGCUGGGCGGGGGCCGGGAGGUGUGGUUCGGCUUCCAUCAGUCUGUCCGGCCCUCCCUUUGGAAAAUGAUGCUGAACAUUGACGUUUCCGCGACAGCAUUCUACAAGGCACAGCCAGUCAUCGAGUUUGUCUGUGAAGUUUUGGAUUUUAAAAGUAUUGAAGAACAACAGAAACCUCUGACUGAUUCCCAAAGGGUCAAGUUUACCAAAGAAAUCAAAGGUCUAAAGGUGGAAAUCACGCACUGUGGGCAGAUGAAGAGGAAGUACCGUGUCUGCAACGUGACCCGACGGCCUGCCAGCCACCAGACGUUCCCACUGCAGCAAGAGAGCGGGCAGACAGUGGAGUGCACGGUGGCCCAGUACUUCAAGGACAGGCACAAGCUGGUUCUGCGUUACCCCCACCUCCCGUGUCUGCAGGUCGGCCAGGAGCAGAAGCAUACCUACCUUCCCCUGGAGGUCUGCAAUAUCGUGGCUGGUCAGAGAUGCAUAAAAAAACUAACAGACAAUCAGACCUCAACCAUGAUCAGAGCCACUGCCAGGUCGGCACCCGAUCGGCAAGAAGAGAUCAGCAAGCUGAUGCGAAGCGCCAGCUUCAACACAGACCCAUACGUUCGUGAGUUUGGAAUCAUGGUCAAGGAUGAGAUGACAGACGUGACGGGGCGGGUCCUGCAGCCGCCUUCCAUCCUGUACGGGGGCAGGAAUAAAGCAAUUGCCACACCUGUCCAAGGUGUCUGGGAUAUGCGGAACAAGCAGUUCCACACGGGCAUUGAGAUCAAGGUGUGGGCCAUCGCCUGCUUCGCACCCCAGCGCCAGUGCACCGAAGUCCACCUCAAGUCCUUCACGGAGCAGCUGAGGAAGAUCUCACGAGAUGCAGGGAUGCCCAUCCAGGGCCAGCCGUGCUUCUGCAAGUAUGCCCAGGGCGCCGACAGCGUGGAGCCCAUGUUCCGGCACCUAAAGAACACGUAUGCCGGCCUGCAGCUCGUGGUGGUCAUUCUGCCCGGCAAGACACCCGUCUAUGCUGAGGUGAAACGCGUCGGGGACACGGUGCUGGGCAUGGCCACGCAGUGCGUGCAGAUGAAGAACGUGCAGAGGACCACGCCGCAGACCCUGUCCAACCUCUGCCUGAAGAUCAAUGUCAAGCUGGGCGGCGUGAACAACAUCCUGCUUCCCCAGGGCAGGCCCCCUGUGUUCCAGCAGCCGGUCAUAUUUCUGGGUGCUGAUGUUACUCACCCCCCUGCUGGGGAUGGCAAGAAGCCUUCAAUCGCUGCCGUUGUGGGCAGCAUGGACGCCCACCCUAACCGCUAUUGCGCCACGGUGCGGGUGCAGCAGCACCGGCAGGAGAUCAUCCAGGACCUGGCUGCCAUGGUGCGUGAGCUGCUCAUCCAGUUCUACAAGUCCACACGCUUCAAGCCCACCCGCAUCAUCUUCUACCGGGACGGCGUCUCGGAGGGCCAGUUCCAGCAGGUCCUGCAUCACGAGCUGCUGGCCAUCCGCGAGGCCUGCAUCAAGCUGGAGAAGGACUACCAGCCAGGCAUCACCUUCAUAGUGGUGCAGAAGCGCCACCACACCAGGCUCUUCUGCACAGACAAGAACGAGCGGGUUGGCAAGAGUGGCAACAUUCCAGCAGGCACCACCGUGGACACCAAGAUCACGCACCCAACCGAGUUUGACUUCUACUUGUGCAGCCACGCCGGCAUCCAGGGGACAAGCAGGCCUUCCCACUACCACGUUCUGUGGGACGACAAUCGCUUCUCUUCCGACGAGCUGCAGAUCCUCACCUACCAGCUGUGUCACACCUACGUGCGCUGCACGCGCUCCGUGUCGAUCCCCGCGCCAGCCUACUAUGCUCACCUGGUCGCCUUCCGGGCCAGGUACCACCUGGUGGACAAGGAGCAUGACAGCGCUGAAGGCAGCCACACCUCCGGCCAGAGCAACGGGCGAGACCACCAGGCGCUGGCCAAGGCGGUCCAGGUCCACCAGGACACACUGCGCACCAUGUACUUUGCUUGACGUGUUCGUGUUCAGCGAUUGUGCAAGUCGGAUUCACACGAGACCAGCCACCCCCAGCCCCGACAGCUAGCUCCGGGCAUCGGGCAGGAGACACCGUUGGUUUUAUCCGAUUCUCCAUUUCCCAGAAUGCCUUCCGUCCCAGAUUUCAAACUUGGAUUUGGAGCUGCAGGCCUGUAUGAGACCCCCACCGUCGUAGGAAAUAGGGUUUGCCAAAAUCUAUGAGCUGCUGAUUUAAGAUAGAGUCCCGUGUUUCCUAAAAACAAAUCUCCUAAAACCAAUCUAUGAACUCAGGGCUUUAAAACAUUUUUAAUUUAUUUGGUCACUCGAUUUACUUGUUUUUAACACAUGAUUGUCUAUGAAAUUGAUGGGCUCAAACUAGCUCCAGGAGGGAGAGCGACAAACACCAUUGUGGUUUUAAAGCCUUGAACCUUCUGAUGUGUCACUGACGCCGUGGGCCCGGGGUCGCUCGUGGGCCCCGGCCCCGCCGAGGUGGCCGUGGCUGUGUGCGGCCUGCGCUGAGGGGCAGCGGCAGAAGGCCGGCCGUGCCUGUGUUUACAGCAGUGACCGGUUCAGAGAUUGGCAGACAAGUGCCAUUUUUAAAAAAAAUGUAUUUAAAAAAAAGACGAUGUACCGAGAGUCCAAUCAUCAGAUACGUCCUGCAGGACUGUGACACUUACUUUCCAAAGUUUCUGAAGAAUACGGGUCUGUGGUGACAAAUACAGUACAAUCCUCCCCUGUUUGUCUGUGAUGUAAGAGAGAAAAUAUAUGUCUGGUUUGCAGUA